AUGGAAGUCGACGAUUUAAGUUUAUACCGUACUAAAUUCUCCGCAGCUGAGGAUGAAUUGCUUAGGAAAACAGUCCAGAAGUUUGGCCCCAGGAAAUGGAAUUCAAUUGCUAAGCAUAUACCAGGGAGAACUGCUCGCCAGUGCAGAGAUAGAUUCCAGAACUACCUUAGCCCAGAUCUUAUCAAUGGACCUUGGACACAAGAGGAAGAUCAGCUCCUAAUUCAAAAAGUAAAUGAAUUUGGUCCAUGCUGGUCUAAAAUUAAUAAAUUCUUCGUUGGUAGGUCUCCAAAUAACAUUAAAAAUAGAUACAAUACACAUUUAAUAAAAAUCAAAAAUCAAACCAAAAAGCACCAAAAGAAGCUAGUUACAAAAGUCCAACCGGUAGAAACACACGAAGGAACAGAAUUUCAUGCAGAAGACGUUCUUACAUCCAAGAUUUGGGACGAAAUUAACACUCAAGAUUUCUUUUCACCUAAUUUUGAAUUGCUCUGGUUUGAGUAA